UAUUAUAACACAAUUAUGGAUUUUAGUAAAAUAACAGAGAUUACUGAUGAGGAUAGAUCUAAAUUACAUGAUUUAUGUAAAUCAUAUCUAUCGGACAAAUGGCUGGACGUUAAAACCGAUGAAUUAAUUAUUAAACCGAUUGCCGCUGGAUUUGUUAAUAAGAUAUACUACUGUGCACUUCCCGACAAUGUCGACCAAACAGCCAAAGUUAUGGUACGAUAUGAAAAUGAGGAGAUCUCUAAAAUGGCCGGAAUCAACCCUGUUAGCACACUGUCCAUAGCACUGGUACUAUCGCUUAGUAAUAUAUCACCCGAUAUUUUAGGUGCUUUUCCCGGCGGUACUAUUAUUCAAUAUAUUGAAAGUCGCUAUUGGGAAAAGAAAGAUGAUUUUAACGACAAAUCGGUGGCACAAUUGGCACAAAAGUUGGCAAAACUGCACUCAACAACCACACCGAUUGCUAAACAGCCGCGCAAUUUGAAGGAAAUGUAUGAAAAGUUUGUCACUCAAGAGUUUAAGGAUGAGAUCCGAAAGGGAAUUAUUAGCAAACAGGCCGUCGACAGCAAUCUGAAGACAUUUCAAGAAGUGGAUGUAUUGGAUGAAUACAUCUGGUUAUUGGAUUUGGUGACCAAACAAAAAAGUCCUAUUGUUUUCUCGCACAACGAUUUUAAUCGUAGAAAUAUUUUAGUAAAAGACACAAUUGUUAACAACAAUCAAGAAUUAGAAAUUUAUUUAAUUGAUUUUGAUUGGAGUUGUUAUGGUAUGAGAGGUAUUGAUUUGGGCCAAUAUUUUUGCGGUUGGGCUCAAGUGGAGACCGAUUUCGGUGACGGCCCUAUUCCUACUGACCAACAAAUGUCAGUAUUUAUUGAUGCAUAUAUGGCCGAAAUGUCGCAACUGGUUGGCAAUGAUUAUCUAAAACAAGCGGUCAAUUCACGGGAAAAGGUCAUAAAAGAGGCCAAAAUCUUCACACUAUAUGCUUAUAUGAAAGAUGUUAUGUAUUUAGUGUUUUCAACGAUUCAAAGUAAAAGCACCGAUAAUUUGCCAAAAGCUGAAGUGAGAUUCAAUAUGUUUAUGAAUUUGAAAAAACAGAUUUUAAAAGAAUAUAAUAAUAUUAAUUAA